GUUCCCUGGCCAAACUUUCAUUGGUAUGUUUGUGAUUUGGUUUGGCUUGAAUUUUGCUUUGCAAAAUUCCUUGACUAGCCUGGUUUGUGGUCCCUGUUAAGAUACAUUCAUGAGAAAGGUAUGUUAAUGCUAAGGUCUCUGGCUGGUUGUCUCCAGCUGAUGAGGCUGUAUCUCCCAAUCUGAUGAACAGGAGGACUAGGCUAUUGCACAAGUAUUAAGGCAGUGCUGUGAAUGAAGUCGCCAUCUUGGUGCCAUGGGAGAGAUGCUGUUCUUAGCUUUCCAUAUAUCGAGUCCAUAGCCAGUAGUUCAGUGAGGAAGACCUAAUUUUCUUGGAGUCUGGGAGUAAAGUCUUAAUCAGUUCUGGAACCCCUGACCUUGCUGCCACCUGGAUGAAUCUGGCUGCUGUGCUAUCAUACUUUGGUGAAUUGAGCUGCCAUCUAGUAUGGAGAGGGAGCCAUCGGCUAUUGGGCGGUAUAAAAAUGUAAUAAAUAAAUAAAUAAUCUUCAGGAUUCAAUUUCUGCUGCUCGCAAAGUGUGGCUUGUGAUUUGCAUCUAGCCUUCUUUCAGUGUGUAUUUGGCCAAAGAGCACCAUACUGGAAAGGAGACUUUCUUCCACAGGUUUGUAAAGCGGUUGAGGGCUAUUGAGGGAGCUCUUUUGCUUGCAAUUUUGUUUCUAGACUCUGGUCCUUUGUGAAUGCAGAACCCUCCAUUACUGAAACUAUCCCUGAAACUUAAGGGACUUUCGGAAGCAGCCUAUGAUGCAACGACUAAUAGUUCCUCCAUCGAUUGAGAAUGCCCUUUGCAAGCACGGAUGUGAUGUGUCACCUGAGGUCUGACUGAUGGCGGCUAGUAAAUCUGGAGAACACCAUCCAGAGAAACUUGGCUUCCUUCCAAGGCAAGCCUUCAAGAUGUGGACGGCUGUUGUGUGUUUCCUACUGAUUUCCUUGUGUGUGUCUGAAAAGGCGAGUUCCAUCUUAAAAGAGAGUGGGGUCCAGGUAACCCACGUGUAUCUACUCAGCAGUGAAAAGCAUUGUGAACAAGCUUGUAAAGGCCCAACCAUUUCAGGUAUUCGCUACUGCUGGUCAGUGCUGUAUCAGAGUCACUGUGUCCUCCUGCGCUGCCCUCAGCUGAGUGCAUGUCAGAAUGCCAGCACACAGGAUGUUAAAGAACUAAUGGGAGAAUUCAUGAUCCGUAAAAGAAGAGACCAUGGUGUUCUCAAUCAGACUAAUAAUGAUGAAGAGUCGAAUAAAGGGCGAGAGAUGCUGAAUAAGACAACGAUGGCUCAGACAACUAUAAAAGUGCCUCUUUCAUCAACAACUCAAGCAACGAGAGCUGGAGAUAUUGCAGUCGGCCCACCAGGCAACGUGGCAGUAACAAUGCCAUCCAUUGCCAAGAAGGCUAUCACCGCCAUCCAUGUGACCACAGCCAUCUCUCGAGUUGCAGCGGAACCAACAGCCAUAACUAACGUUAGUAACCAUAUAACCACCAUUCCUGGGAACACAACGGUUAGCUCCCCAAAAACCUCUUCAGUUCCCAGCAUCCCUCCUCACAUCACCACAUCAUUAGCUGCCACAUUUCCCCCUUCAAAUGACAGUGCUGUUAAGGUUGAGAAUACAGUAAGUUCAAAAGGGACUCAGGCCAGUGUAGGAGCAGCCAAGAACACAACACCAACAGAACCUCUUCUUAGGACGACUGCUGCUACCUUGCCCACAACAACAAAACUUGUAGUGCUUCCCACUUCCCACAAAACAGUUACUGCACCUAAGGCUCCUACACCAGUUAGCUCUGUCAGUGUUGGAAAUGGCGCAAAACCACUCAGCUCAUCUACGGCUCCAGCAACCCACAACCCACCAACUUCAAUGGUCAUAAACACGACUGUGACGGGGCCAAAUUCAACUGUGGCAGCAACGACACUGUCAGCUGAAUUCCCAGCAAUUGCGACAGACAAGGCAAAGCCUACGUCAGAGAAGGCAACUUCUACUGUCACGAUGAAGGGUGCUGAAAUCUCUACUACUGCGCAGCAGAUGGAGAUGACCAGUCCAGUGGUCAUGGCAAGAACUUCUUUCCACCCCUUGCCAGGGUUUACAACUUCAAAUCCUGCUACGUUGCCCAAAUCGACAACUGUAAAUCAAGGCAAGGAUCAGCAGGACACGGGUAGCGAGAAUAACUUUCAGCAGCAAGACUCCAAUUUGCUCUUGGUAGCGCUCCUCUUUGGAGUCCUGUUUUUUGUAAUAAUUGUAGUCUUAUUUGCCAUACAGGCCUAUGAGAGCUACAGGAAGAAAGACUACACUCAAGUGGACUACUUGAUCAAUGGAAUGUAUGCAGAUUCAGAGAUGUGAAAGCAAUAGAGAUGCAAAAGAAGAAGCUUAAUAUAUACAGCUUUUACUAAGGGAAGUCGAAAGCCAAGGGGAACUUUCAGUUCCCUCUUCUGCCUAUAAGACCAAUUGAAAGUGCUUCCAAAUUACUUUUGGUGCAAUGUAGGAGAAAUGCCAUGUAUUCUACUUUUAAAAGUAUUUUUUUAACUCACGAUGACAGGUUACCAUGGGAUAUGUUAUUUCUCAAGCUACCGCGUUGCUUUUGUGGUGCGCGUUUUGUUUGCCAUUGCGAAGGGGUGUCAGUGGUCAGUGUGAGGAAAGAACACCUUCCUCUGAGGACCGUGUUCUUUCCUAGGCUUGUUUCCUCAGGUUCUGUCCAUGCCCUACCUCAGCCUUCCCCAACCUGGUGCCCUCCAGGAGUAUUGGACUUCUACUACCAGCUGUAGUCUAACUGGAUUCUGGAAGUUGUAGCCCCAAUACAUUUGAAGGACUCCAGGUUGGUGAAGGCUGUCCUAACUAUUCCUUUGAGACAAAUGGUGAAAGCGGGUGUUUCUGGCUAGAGGGUGGUUGCUUUUUGACGUGUUGGCAUUCCUGACACCUGCAAGUCACCUGGGGGCUCUGUCAAUUGCUGCUAGUCCAACUGGCUGACCAAAAGCUGGCAGCAUUGGUGCAAGUGGUGCAACCCCAAAGAGUGCCAAGGGCAAAAGCACCUUUGAGUAGGUUGAGAUCUCUUAGUUACGGUACAUUUAGCUUCACUUUUUCUAACCACGGUGGUAAACAGCCAUUGGGAAAGCUGCUGGCUCAAGAUGCAACCCAGGAGCGAUGUGUGUUCACAGGUUAUAAAGAGCCUUGAAGUCUCUGGAAGAAGAAAACAAUGCUCCCUAGAAUUGCUAAGUGUUCUCACUGCUUCCUGCUGGUUGUAACGUUGGGGGAUCAGGCAUCUUGUCUCAGCGAGCUCCCUGCUUGUUAAAAAAUUGUUUACUAGAUCCUGUUAAUGCUGUGCUGUUUCCUGAUCAUGAUGGCUCUUCCUUGAAGGGCUUCUGCACCUUUAUAUGAUUUUAUUUUUGUAUCCACUCACUUAAUAAAUGAGGCCUGGAGGGCAA